GCGAAGCGGGCCCGGGGCAGCAGCGGCUGCGGCCCUGCGGGAUGGCGCCGGCGGGGCGCGUCCCGGGCCCGGAGCCAUGACGGUGCCCCGGGAGAUGCCCGAGAAGUGGCCGCGGGUCCGGGGACCGGGGGGCGCCGAGGAGGAGCGCCGGGUGCGCGCCAACGCACGGGAGUACAACGAGAAGUUCCAGUAUGCGAACAACUGCAUCAAGACCUCCAAAUACAACAUCGUCACCUUCCUGCCUGUCAACCUCUUCGAGCAGUUCCAGGAAGUGGCCAACACCUAUUUCCUUUUCCUCCUCAUUCUGCAGCUGAUCCCGCAGAUCUCCUCACUCUCAUGGUUCACCACCAUCGUGCCUUUGGUUCUCGUCUUGACCAUCACGGCCGUCAAAGAUGCCACCGACGACUACUUCCGCCACAAGAGCGACAACCAGGUGAACAACCGGCAGUCUCAGGUGCUGAUCGGCGGAGUCCUUCGUCAGGAGCAGUGGAUGAACGUCCGCGUUGGGGACAUCAUCAAGUUGGAGAACAACCAGUUUGUGGCGGCUGACCUCCUCCUCCUCUGCAGCAGCGAGCCCCAUGGGCUGUGCUAUGUAGAGACCGCCGAGCUGGACGGAGAAACCAACAUGAAGGUGCGACAGGCCACCCCCGUCACCUCAGAGCUGGCAGAUAUCAGCACACUGGCACGGUUCGAUGGCGAGGUGAUCUGCGAGCCCCCCAACAACAAACUGGACAAGUUUGGCGGGACGCUGUACUGGAAGGAGAACAAAUACCCCCUGAGCAACCAGAACAUGCUGCUGCGGGGCUGCGUGCUGCGCAACACCGAGUGGUGCUUCGGCCUCGUCGUCUUCGCAGGGCCGGACACGAAGCUGAUGCAGAACAGCGGGCGGACCAAAUUCAAACGGACGAGCAUCGACCGGCUGAUGAACACCCUGGUGCUGUGGAUCUUUGGGUUCCUGGUGUGCAUGGGGGUGAUCCUGGCCAUCGGUAACGCCAUCUGGGAGCACGAGGUGGGCGUCUGCUUCCAGAUCUACCUGCCCUGGGACGAGGGGGUGCACAGCGCCGUCUUCUCCGGCUUCCUCUCCUUCUGGUCCUACAUCAUCAUCCUCAACACUGUGGUGCCCAUCUCGCUCUACGUGAGCGUGGAGGUGAUCCGCCUCGGGCACAGCUACUUCAUCAACUGGGACAAGAAGAUGUACUGUGCCAAGCGCCGGACGCCGGCUGAGGCACGGACCACCACCCUGAACGAGGAGCUGGGGCAGGUGGAGUACAUCUUCUCCGACAAGACCGGCACCCUCACCCAGAACAUCAUGGUCUUCAGCAAGUGCUCCGUGAACGGGCACAGCUACGGCGACGCGCAGGACGUGCUGGGUCCUAAAGUGGAGCUGGGAGAGAGGCCAGAGCCCGUUGACUUCUCCUUCAACCCGCUGGCGGAUCCGGGAUUCCAGUUCUGGGACCCCAGCCUGCUGGAGGCCGUCCAGCUGGGGGAUCCCCACGUGCACGAAUUCUUCCGCCUGCUCUCGCUCUGCCACACCGUCAUGUCCGAGGAGAAGAGCGAAGGGGAGCUGUACUACAAGGCGCAGUCCCCAGAUGAGGGGGCAUUGGUCACAGCUGCCAGGAACUUUGGCUUCGUGUUCCGGUCCCGCACACCCAAAACCAUCACGGUGCACGAGCUGGGCCGAGCUGUCACCUACCAGCUGCUGGCCAUCCUGGACUUCAACAACAUCCGCAAACGCAUGUCUGUCAUCGUGCGCAGCCCUGAGGGCAAAAUCCGGCUGUACUGCAAAGGCGCCGACACCAUCCUGCUGGAGCGCCUGCACCCCUCCAACCAGGACCUGAGCAACGUCACCACGGACCACCUGAACGAAUACGCCGGCGAGGGGCUGCGCACGCUGGUGUUGGCCUGCAAGGACCUGGAGGAGAGCUACUAUGAGGACUGGGCUGAACGGCUGCGCCGUGCCAGCGGAGCUCCUGAGGCCCGCGAGGAUCGCCUGGCCCGGCUCUACGACGAGGUGGAGCAUAACAUGACGCUGCUUGGAGCCACGGCCAUCGAGGACAAACUGCAGCAGGGCGUCCCCGAAACCAUCGCCAUCCUGACGCUGGCCAACAUCAAGAUCUGGGUGCUGACGGGGGACAAGCAGGAAACAGCGGUGAACAUCGGCUACUCCUGCAAGAUGCUGACAGAUGACAUGAGCGAGGUGUUCGUGGUCACGGGCCACACCGUGCUGGAGGUGCGCGAGGAGCUCAGGAAAGCCCGGGAGAAGAUGAUGGAUGGAUCGCGCUCCAUGGGCAACGGCUUCUCCUACCAGGAGAAACUCUCCUCUUCGAAGCUCACCUCCGUGCUGGAAGCCAUCGCGGGCGAAUACGCUCUGGUCAUCAACGGGCACAGCCUGGCCCAUGCGCUGGAGGCAGACAUGGAGGUGGAGUUCCUGGAGACGGCGUGCGCCUGCAAGGCCGUGAUCUGCUGCCGUGUGACCCCCCUGCAGAAGGCACAGGUGGUGGAGCUGGUCAAGAAGUACAAGAAG